UCCAGGUUACCCGCGGAAAUCUGUAUUGCGCGAUGACUGCCGGGAGGUGGCUGUGGAACUGUUCCCGGCCUCUGUGCUCGGUGCUGGCUGCUCGCUUCCUGGUUCUGGUUCUCUGGGGCGUGUUGGGGGCCAGGGCUUUGGACAAUGGCUUGGCGAAGACCCCUAUCAUGGGCUGGCUGCACUGGGAGCGCUUCAUGUGCAACGUCAACUGCCAGGAAGAGCCGGAGUCCUGUAUCAGUGAGAAACUUUUCAUGCAGAUGGCAGAUCUCAUGGACUCAGAUGGCUGGAAGCAUGUAGGUUAUGAGUACGUCUGCAUUGAUGACUGUUGGAUGGCCACCCAAAGAGAUGGUCAAGGCCGACUUCAGGCAGACCCUAAACGCUUUCCUAGUGGAAUCCGUCGCCUGGCUGAUUAUGUCCAUAGCAAAGGAUUGAAGCUUGGGAUUUAUGCAGAUGUUGGAAAUAAAACCUGUGCAGGCUUCCCUGGCAGUUUCGGAUACUACGACAUUGAUGCACAGACCUUUGCUGACUGGGGAGUUGACCUGCUAAAAUUUGAUGGUUGUUACUGUGAUAAUGUGACGCACUUGGCAGAUGGUUAUAAGCUCAUGUCCUUGGCCCUGAAUAGGACUGGCAGAAGCAUUGUGUACUCCUGUGAGUGGCCCCUUUAUAUGUGGCCUUUUCAUAAGCCCAAUUAUACAGAAAUCCGAGAGUACUGCAAUUACUGGAGAAAUUUUGCUGACAUCUAUGAUUCUUGGCAAAGUGUAAAGAGUAUUUUGGACUGGACAUCUUCUAACCAGAAAGGAAUCAUUGAUGUCGCAGGACCAGGAGGUUGGAAUGACCCAGACAUGCUAGUGAUUGGUAACUUCGGCCUCAGUUGGGACCAGCAGGUAACUCAGAUGGCCCUCUGGGCUAUCAUGGCAGCUCCAUUACUGAUGUCCAAUGACCUCCGAAACAUCAGCCCUCAAGCCAAAGCCCUCCUUCAGAAUAAAGAUGUAAUUGCCAUCAACCAGGACCCCUUGGGCAAGCAGGGGUAUCGGCUUAGAAAGGAAGACAACAUUGAGGUGUGGGAACGACCUCUCUCACAUUUAGCCUGGGCCGUGGCUACGGUAAACCUGCAAGAGAUUGGUGGACCUCGUACUUACAGCACCUUGGUCACUUCCCUGGGUAAAGGGGUGGCCUGUAAUCCUGCCUGCCUGAUCACACAACUCCUCCCAGUGAAGAGAAAGCUUGGGCUUUAUACAUGGACUUCGGUGUUAAAAACUCGAAUAAAUCCCACAGGCACUGUUUUGCUUCUGCUAGAAAAUACAGGCCCUAGUCAUUUAAAUUAAAAGUUUUAAACUUGUCAAAGUGACUAUUACGUCUGUACUUUUCUCCCAUUCCCACUUUAACUGUAUUAGUAUUCCUUGAAUCAAAUUUCCUAGUUAAUUCUAUAAAGACAAAAUCUUGUCAUUUGCAACAUGGAUGGAUCCUACAGGGUAAUAUGCCUAGUGAAGUAAUUCACUUGUGUGGCACAUAAAGGAAUAAAAUGAACUGAAAAACACUACGUAUAUAAAUCCAAAUUAAUGGUUACCAGAGGGAAAUGGGUGUGUGGGUAAAUAUGGUUGAGUCAGUUGAUGGUAAAGGAUGGAAUUAAGACUUGAUCAUAAUGUAAUUUAUACAGAUGUUGCUUUGUAAUGAUGCACACCUGAAACCUGUUACAGACCAAUGUUACCUCAAUAAAAGCCUUUUCCAGUUUUACCUUUCAGGGAGAACAUCUGGGG